AUGCCUUUCUGCAUUGAGAAGUUCCGGGGCAGUAACGAGGAUUUCGAGUUCAAUACGGGCCUUCCAAACUAUGCUACUUUUUGUGCACUUCUUGAAUAUCUUGGUCCUGGCGAAAAUGCGGAGAACAUUGUUCAGUGGAACUGUGAAGAGUCGCAAGAAACUGGUGCUAGUGAGACAAGGGGACGUCCUCAGAAACUAAGCACUGAGAACCAGCUUUUCCUCGUGCUAGUGAAGCUCAGGCUGGGUCUCUUCCACCAACACGUAGCACACCUGUUUUGUGUCUCGAAGACCUUCAUUACAUGGAUAAACUUUAUGUACGUGCAACUUGGACAACAUCCCCUUUGGCAGUCACGUGAAACUGUUGACUGCACAAUGCCAGACGCAUUUAAAGACCGCUACCCAACAACACGUGUGAUAAUUGAUGCUACUGAAGUCAUAUGCGAGGCGCCUAGCUCGUUCGUGAUGCAAUCAAGAACGUACUCGAACUAUAAGUCGACUAACACGUUCAAAGGACUGAUAGGAAUAGCCCCGAGCGGAGUUGUGACUUUUGUGUCAGAACUUUUCACUGGCAGCAUGUAUGACUGGGAGUACACUGUGAGAAGUGGGUUUCUGCAGAUGGAUUUCGCUGAAAACGACUCAAUGAUGACCGACAAAGGCUUCAAAAUAGCAGACCUCCUGGAACCAAGGAACGUCCACUUGAACAUUCCACCUUUCCUUCGACAGGGCCAGUUUUCUGAAGUUGAAGUGCUCGAAACUCAGGACAUUAAGGAUACAUGUGGAACGAAGAAUUCAGCGUGUAAAGUCAUUCCAUAUUUUUGA